UCUUUCCCGGCCAUCUUCCUCCCUCCUCAGUGUCCUCACAGAGACGCCGGUGACGAACUCAACGUCACAAAAAUGCCGGAACCACUAUUUUUAUUUGCCAAAAUUCCAUUCCCCGCUCUGUUUCUCCUCCUAGUCCUCUCCUUACCCUUUCAAAUAAUUUCCCAAAAUCUGCACGAUGAACGAUCAAUCCUACUAGACGUUAAACAACAACUGGGCAAUCCACCGUCCCUCCAAUCGUGGAAUUCCUCAUCCUCGCCCUGUGAUUGGCCGGAAAUUACAUGCGCCAACAAUACCGUCACUGCAAUUUCACUCCACAAUAAGACCAUCAGCGAGAAAAUUCCAGCCACAAUUUGUGAACUCAAGAACCUCAUCGUACUUGACCUCUCCAACAAUCACAUUCCCGGCGAGUUCCCGGAUAUUCUCAAUUGUUCCAAGCUUGAGUAUCUGCUCUUGUUGCAAAACUCCUUCGUGGGUCCAAUUCCAGCUGAUAUUGAUCGACUUUCACGUCUCCGAUACCUAGACCUCACAGCAAACAAUUUCUCUGGAGAUAUUCCCGCAGCAAUUGGGCGGCUACGGGAGCUGUUCUACUUGUUUCUGGUCCAAAAUGAGUUCAACGGCACCUGGCCAACGGAGAUUGGUAAUUUGGCGAAUCUUGAACAUUUGGCCAUGGCCUAUAAUGACAAAUUCCUGCCUUCAGCCCUUCCAAAAGAGUUUGGCGCAUUGAAGAAGCUGAAGUAUCUGUGGAUGACGGAGGCAAAUUUGAUCGGCGAAAUACCGGAGAGCUUCAACAAUUUGUCUAGUCUGGAACACUUGGAUCUCUCACUCAACAAAUUGGAAGGUAUGAUCCCAGGAGGCCUGCUUAAGUUGAAGAAUUUGACCAAUUUGUAUUUAUUCAAUAAUAGAUUGUCCGGCCGCAUUCCUAUGACCAUAGAAGCUCUCAACUUGAAAGAAAUUGAUCUUUCCAAGAACUAUUUGAUGGGGCCGAUACCAACGGGUUUCGGGAAGCUACAAAAUUUGACGAGUUUGAAUCUUUUCUGGAAUCAGUUGUCAGGAGAGAUACCAGCAAAUAUAAGCCUCAUUCCUACACUGGAAACCUUCAAAGUUUUUAGCAAUCAAUUGAGUGGAGUUUUGCCUCCAGCAUUCGGCCUUCAUUCGGAGCUCAAACGCUUUGAGGUUUCCGAGAAUAAACUAAGCGGGAAAUUACCUCAACAUUUAUGCGCUAGGGGGGCUUUGCUUGGAGUGGUUGUUUCCUACAACAAUCUCAGCGGGGAAGUGCCCAAGUCCCUCGGGAAUUGCACAAGUUUGCUCACAAUUCAGCUUUCCAACAAUCGCUUUUCAGGCGAGAUUCCUUCCGGCAUCUGGACAUCCCCGGACAUGGUAUCGGUGAUGUUAGCUGGAAAUUCAUUCUCGGGGGCACUUCCAAGUAGAUUGGCAAGGAAUUUGUCCAGAGUGGAUAUCAGUAACAACAAGUUUUCUGGUCCAAUUCCUGCUGAAAUCUCUUCUUGGAUGAACAUAGGUGUGCUCAAUGCCAGCAACAAUAUGUUGUCAGGAAAAAUUCCAGUGGAAUUGACCAGUCUUCGGAACAUCUCUGUUCUGUUGCUGGAUGGGAAUCAAUUCUCGGGUGAGCUUCCAUCCGAGAUCAUCUCAUGGAAGUCGCUCAAUAAUUUGAAUCUCUCAAGAAACAAACUUUCUGGCCCAAUUCCCAAGGCAUUAGGUUCUUUGCCUAACCUUAAUUACCUCGACCUGUCAGAAAACCAGUUCUCAGGUCAAAUUCCUCCUGAACUUGGUCAUUUGACGCUUAAUAUCCUCGAUCUAUCGUUCAACCAACUCUCUGGGAUGGUCCCCAUUGAGUUUCAAUAUGGAGGAUAUGAAGACAGUUUCUUGAACAAUCCCAAGUUGUGUGUCAAUGUUCCCACUCUGAACCUCCCUAGAUGUGAUGCCAAAUCCGUCAACUCCGACAAAUUGUCAACCAAAUAUCUCGUUUUCGCUCUAUCUGGUUUCCUAGCUGUUGUUUUCGUCACCCUGUCCACGGUUCAUGUCUAUCAUAGGAAGAAUCAGUGUCAGGACCAUACUGUUGGAAUAUCUUGGAAAUUUACUCCAUACCAUAAACUAGAUCUCGAUGAAUACAACAUAUUGUCCAGUUUGACAGUUGCUAAUAACCGUUCUGGUGAACACUUAGCGGUUAAAAUGAUUUGUAAUAACAGGAGAUUUGAUCAAAAGCUUCAGAAACAAUUCGAAACAGAAGUCGAGAUAUUGAGCACCACACGCCAUGCCAAUAUAGAGAAGUUGUUGUGCUACAUAUCAAAUGAAACCUCAAGUCUUCUUGUUUACGAGUACAUGGAGAAGCAGAGUUUGGAUAGAUGGCUUCAUGGGAAGAAGCAGAGAACAUCGUCCAUGACAAGUUCAGUUCAUAACUUCGUCUUGGAUUGGCCAACAAGGUUGCAGAUUGCCAUUGGAUCUACAAAAGGCCUAUGCCACAUGCAUCAAUACUGUUAUGUCCCAAUCAUACAUCGAGAUGUGAAGUCCAGCAACAUCUUGCUAGAUGCCGAGUUCAACGCGAAAAUUGUGGAUUUUGGAUUGGCUAAGACGUUAGUCAAGCAAGGAGAACCCAACACCAUGUCAGGAAUUGCAGGCUCUCACGGGUAUAUUGCCCCUGAGUAUGCUUAUACAACAAAGGUGAACAAGAAGAUCGAUGUAUAUAACUUUAGAGUAGUCUUGCUUGAGCUUGUGAUGGGGAGAGAACCCAACAAUGGGGACGAGCACAUGUGCCUUGCAGAAUGGGCAUUGGAUCAGUUUAGAGAAAGGAAAACCAUUGAGGAAGUGGUAGACGAGGAGAUCAAGGAACAAUGUGAUAGAGCACAAGUGGCCACUCUCUUCAAACUAGGCAUUAGGUGCACUAACAAAUUACCAUCCAAUAGGCCCACAAUGAAAGAGGUUUUGAAAAUUCUUCAACAAUGCAGUCCUUAAGAGGGCCAUGGAAGAAAUAAAAAGGACCAUGAAGUUACACCUCCACUUCGAAAUGACACUUAUCCCACCACUUAC